GGCAGCUCCCACCAGGUGCCAGGCAGGUGGCUGUGGCGGCCGGCCCCAGCAUGAGCUCCUUCGACCUGCCGGUGCCCUCCCCGCCUCGCUGCAGCCCCCAGUUCCCCAGCAUCGGCCAGGAGCCCCCCGAGAUGAACCUCUACUAUGAGAACUUCUUCCACCCGCAGGGCGUGCCCAGCCCCCAGCGGGCCCCCUCCUUCGAGGGGGGCAGUGAGUACGGGGCCACCCCCAACCCCUACCUCUGGCUCAACGGGCCCACCGCGACCCCACCGCCCUACCUGCCCGGCGCCGGCGCCGGCCCCUUCCUGCCGCAGGCCUACGGCGUGCAGAGGCCGCUGCUGCCGGCCGUGCCGGGGCUGGGGGGCGGCGAGCUGGGCUGGCUGCCCAUCCCCUCGCAGGAGGAGCUGAUGAAGCUGGUGCGGCCCCCCUACUCCUACUCGGCGCUCAUAGCCAUGGCCAUCCACGGCGCGCCCGACAAGCGGCUCACCCUCAGCCAGAUCUACCAGUACGUGGCCGACAACUUCCCCUUCUACAACAAGAGCAAGGCCGGCUGGCAGAACUCCAUCCGCCACAACCUGUCGCUCAACGACUGCUUCAAGAAGGUGCCCCGCGACGAGGACGACCCGGGCAAGGGGAAUUACUGGACCCUGGACCCCAACUGCGAGAAGAUGUUCGACAACGGAAAUUUCCGCAGGAAGAGGAAGAGAAAAUCGGACGUUUCCUCCAGCUCAGGCUCCUUGGCCUCCGAGAAGGCAGAGAACAGCCUCCUGGCGGGCAGCCCCGAGGGCUCGGAGCCGCAGGACAUGCUGGACGGCGGCUCGCCCGGCACCGCCAGCCCCUCGGAGAAGCGGUCGCCCCCUCCGCCCACGGGCGCCCCGUGCCUCAGCAGCUUCCUCUCCUCCAUGACAGCCUACGCCGGCGGGGCCAGCCCCAUGGGCCGGCCCGCCACCACGCCGGGGGGCCUGAGCCCGGAGCCCGACGACAAGAUGGGCCAGAACUCACUGAGCUUCAACUCCUUCACCCCCCUCACCAACCUCAGCAGCCACGGGGCCGGGGGCGACUGGGCCAACCCCGUGCCUGCCAACGCUCUCGGCUACGGAGGCUCCGUGCUCAACCAGUUCGGCCCGCACUUCUACAACGGCAUCAGCACCAACGGCGUCCUCUACCCCAGGGAGGGCACCGAGGUCUAGCUGCAGAACAGCUGCUGAGCCCGAGGAUGUGCCCAGAGGCAGCAGUGGAGGCCCCCGUGCCAGCCCCCCGUGCCAGCCCCCCAUGGUCCAAGACCUCCAAACUGCCCAGGCAACACAGGAGCCUCAGAGGAACCCAUCCUCUUUCUAGAACAUUGUUUAGACCUUCCGUUUAUCACACACACACACACACACAGACUCACCAACUCUGCCAUGGAAAUACCAGUGUCUGGAUAGCAGCAAUAAUAUGACUGUGUAUUGAGCACUUACUAUGUGCCAGGUGCUGUACUAGGCUCUCUCAAGACGUGGUCACACAUACAAUUUAUAGCCACCCUCUGAGGGUCAUAUGAACCUCCCCAGUUAAUAGAUGAGGAAACUGAGGCUCAAGGAAGUUAAUUAACUUUUCCAGGGUCAUGCAAACUAGUGAAUGGCAGACAUAGGUGUCAAAUCCAGGUCUAUGUGACCCCCAAAGAUCGGGCCAAAGGAGGCAGAUAUGGGGGAAUUUGGUGAGCAGCUAACAGUGGUCACUGUGGAAAGCUCACCAUGGUGAAUAUAUCAAAAUCUCCCCAAAAUGCAGCACCGGCCCAGGUACAUCUUGUCCUGGUCCAAGUCUUUAUUCUGCCUGCUCCAACUUACCUGCGGAAACUCCUUUUGCUACCACUCCAGGAGGGGAGCCACCAGAGGGCUUACUUACAUCUAGCAUGUGCACUGUGUCCCCAGGGAGGGACACCACCAUUGCUUCCUUAGUCCCCCAGAGACCUUGAAAAGAGCCAGGAGUCAGGGAGAGGAGUGGUGUGUACCCCCCACCCCCAGCACUGCCCAUCUGUAAAAUCUUGUAAAGCCCAGUUGCCUGCGUGUAUGUCACAUCAUGGACCAGUGGGCUGGAGGAGGCUGAGCCUCCUAGGGAAGCCAGGCGGGGGAAGCGCGUCCUCUUCCGUGGACAGGGAGAGGAGCAUGUUUGUCUGUGAAAACAAUGGCCUCAAGGGGGGCCCUGGCCUGCCCGCCUCGUAGGGGGUCUCUGCGUGCAGCUCCUGGGACUUCUUUUCCUUCGUGUUUUUAUCUGUACAUUGCAUGCCUGUGAUAUUUCAUCACAGCACACCCUGGGAAGUGUUGUUUUUCUUAUUUUCUUUUUAAUUAAAAAAACAAAAAAAAA